AUGCUACAGCCGUAUCCCAGGUUCUAUAUCAUUAGACCUCAAGGUUCAUUUGUGCCCUUGAUCCCAGUCGACGAGCUACCGACGUGGAUUCAAGUUGGAAACUGGGACUGGAACGAUACGUCAUUGUUCACUGCCAUGGCCCCUGCUAGUUUCAGCUCUAUCCCACGCGUCGGCGAAUACGACGUCGUCUGCCACCACUGCAACGCCAGUCUCGAUGGUCUUCAUCGAAGCGUCUCGGAGCAGAGUGGAAAGACAGGAAACAGCGCUCAGUACCCUCCCUUACCACUUACGAAACUAAACCAGACCUACGCCGGUGCAUUUCUCUCACAGUCAUCACAGGAGGCGCUUUCUCCUCUGGCCUCAAGCUAUCUAAUGUCCUUGAAACAGCCGCUCUUUUACACACCUGGAUACCCUGCAGGUUUCACAGAACCCCCUUAUUAUGCGAAUCUGCAGAGCCCUUUUGUUGGAAUGUGUUUCAUUAAAGGCUGCUACAAAAGGGGUCGAGACCAGGCCAAGGAGUCGAUAGCUUUGAGAAGAAUACGUAAACAACAGGGCCAGACUGGCGAAAACCUACUCGCUGAUGAGUUUCCUGAGGAUCCUCAGAAUCCUCCAGCUCCUCCCAAUUUGCCAAGUGCUUCAACUUCUCAAAACCCUGGGGCUGGUCCGAGUGGUGAGAGUCAACCCCAGAAUAAUCCUGCGUAUGACCCCGACGAGAUCACAGAGAUUCCCGACGAUGUAGGCAAUGUAUCUAGUGCACAGCUGUUGGAUGAUGAGAUCCAGGAAACGGGAGGAAGUCUUACACCAGCAUCCCCGGCGGAGUCCAGGACUAACAAGUUCAAGCGAUGGAGAUCCAAGCGACAGGAAUCCAAGAAACAGGAGUCUAAGCAACAGGAGUCCAAGCAACAGGAGCCCCCUCGUCUGGGUAAACAGGCAGUACAACGAACUCCUGUACAGGCUUCCUCAUCGAAGUCUAAGCCACAGGAGCCCAAUCAGCCUGUUAGUAAGGAAACUCAACCAGUUCCUAUACCACAAAAGUCCCCGUUGAGGUCAGCGCCACAGGAGCCCAAUCAUCCGGGCAGACAGGAAGUGCAACGAGCUCCUGUACCAGGGGUUCCAGUCAGUUCUAAGCCACAGAAUCCCGCUAGAGAGGAACCGCAAGUUUCUAUACCACCAAAGUCCCCGUUGAGGUCCACACCACAGGAGCACGACCAUCCUGCUCAGCAGGGAACACAGCCAAUUCCUAUACCAGGGGCCUCAUCGAGGUCCAAGCUACAUGAAUCCAAUCCCCAUCCUAGGCAUAAGACGGACUCGCCCCCAAACAAACACGAGGAGCUCCCGACGUUUCCCGUCGACCAGUCGCUCAUUUUUCCACACUCACCCUCCGACACUAGUCUGGAUAGUAGAUUGAGAGUAGGCUUCACCUCAAUCCAUAAAUUCGCCGUUGCCACAAGCAUCUCCAAAAAGACGUUUGAAGGCGAGGGGGUUCAAGCCAUUUUCAAUGUUCUGACGUAG